CGCCCCAGGCCGAGAUGGGGCGUCGCGAGAAGCCGCGCACGCUGAUGGAGCAGAACCGGCACCUCUGCGGCUCCAUCUGCCUGUGCCAGCUGACGGUGGUGCUGAGCUGCGUGUCGCUCAUCUACCUGUCCGUGGCCAUCUACAUGCCCUCGCACCGCGCCUUCCACUCGGGCUUCGACCCGCUGCCCGUCAUGUGCCAGACGCACCGCACCAGCGACGUCAACAACUGCAACUGGGCGUCGUGCGGCGAGUGGUGCCUCACCAAGACCACGGGCUUCUGCCCGCAGAUGCACGUCACGGUGCGUCAGAACGGCACCGACAUCGUGCUCAACAACUGCACCAGCCUCAGCAGCGUGUCCUGCCCGCCGGCGGACCCCACCUCGGUCAAGCGGUACAACUGCAACCAGGGCUCCGAGUGCGACGACCUGCACGGCGUGUUCAACUGCUCGCUGGGCCACUGCGGCAACUACUCGGAGCGCUUCCUGUGCCACUACAAGGCCGACGGCGUGGUGCUCAACACGGAGAAGGACAACAUGAAGCUCAACGGCUUCUUCGAGUGCAACAAGUCCAUCUGCACCAAGAUCAAGCGUCCGUUCAGCUGCGACCGGUACUGCAACAAGAUCACCACCACGUCCAUGAACGUGUUCCUCAUGUACGAGGACAACCUGUUCACGGGCGAGUGCCGCGAGGCGUUCGCGCUGAACCGCGCGCGGGGCAACGAGCCCGGCACCCCCGUCAACGCCACCGAGAUCUGGCACGAGGACAAGAGCGGCGGCGCGCUGCUCGCGUCCUGCCUCAGCGUCGUCAAGGUCGGCAACAACUCGCUCAGGGCCACGGACUGCCUCAACGGCACCGUGCUGGAGGAGAGCCUCAUCCCGCAGCCCUACAUCAACUUCACCACGUUCUGGACGCUGUACGGCAACUCGAGCAGGCCGCUGGACCCGCAGGGCCACUUCCUACCGCCGCAGCAGAGCCUCACCAUCUACAACUCCAGCAGGCUGUACAUCAACCUGGAGGGCUGCGUCAACACGCUGCGCGGCGAGUGCCACGACUUCCGGGCCACCCACGGCCGCGACGGCGUCAACCAGACCGCGCAGAGCCGCUUCCCGUGCUACUACAACCACGACGACAGCUUCAUGGCGGUGGCGCGCUUCGACCUGGGCAAGACCCUCCGCGACCUGCUCAUCGCCACGGUCGUGCCCUCCGUGCUGUUCGUGGUGUCGUUCGUCACCCUGGUGUGCAUCACCAAGUACGUCCGCGUGCGCGACGACGGCAAGAUGAAGUGCACGCUGUGCCGGUGCUGCGGCGACAGCGGCGCCGGCGGUGGCGUGGUGGUUGACGACGACGAACCGGGCCCGGAGAGCUUGCUCAUGAACUCGUGAGUCUCGAGUGACAAGUGACAAGUGUGUGACUGGCGCGGGUUCAAGUCCCCACAGGAGCGAGGUUUGUUUGCGCCUCCCUUUUCUUCUCUGGUGUUUAGAUUAUUCGUCUCUAUCUGCGUGUUUGUAGCCGAGCCAGCCAAGCUGGCUGUUGUAGCUGACGACCGCCUGAGGUGGGCCUGGGCAGGCCUUGGCCACCCUCAGCGCCUUGUUCGAUAGUUUGAUUAAAUUAUGGGAGUCGUGAGACUACGACGGGCUGCCAGUUUCGUUCUCUUUUGUCUGGAUUAGUCGGAUCGGCAAACCGACGAGUAGGGAAGCCCCGUAUGAAUGUGGAGAGUAGCUGGAAUAAGACCUAGGGGACCUAGAGGACCUAGAGGACCUGGCUGGGGCAGUCCAAAUGUCCCCUGCUUUGGCCUGGCUGCCUGGCCCUAAACUGUGGCUGAGAACAUGCCCUCACUGUCCCUAAUGCUGCAGGGGAAAGCGGAGAUCCACCCAGCGACGAGAGACGCCAGCAGGCCUCGACGGCGUCCUCGACGGCGGCCUCAGCCCCGGUGUGGAGAGCCCUAUCAUCAUCCCCCUCCGCCUGUCGGUGUCGGCCCCGGCCUCGGC